AUGGGUUGCGGUCGGCCACCGCGAUACGUUCGGAAACUUCCGCAUCGGCGUCAAAAUCGAAAACCCUCGGCGGAGGAUUCACGAACGUUUGCGCUUUCCCACCCGACUCGGAGGAUCUUCAGAGCUCGGGUGCGCAUUCUAGGGUUUCUUGAUGAUGGAGAGCGCCGGUGAAGUCGGUCCGAGGAGGAGGCGGUGGAGCUGGGCCGUGGGGGCGCUGAUUGCCGUCCUCCUCGCCACCGCUGCGACCUCCAGGAAUUCCCCUAAGAGCCCUCUUUUCGGGAUCACCAACAAGCUUUGCCCGUGCACCGGUUCGAGGAAGUACACAGGCAUCGUGGAAGAUUGUUGUUGUGAGUACGAAACCGUGGAUGCUCUUAACAAGGAAGUGUUGCAUCCCAUACUACAGGAGCUUGUCACUACCCCAUUCUUUCGAUAUUUUAGGGUCAAGUUAUGGUGCGAUUGCCCAUUCUGGCCUGAUGAUGGCAUGUGCCGUCUUCGGGAUUGCAGUGUCUGUGAGUGUCCAGAAAGCGAGUUUCCAGAACCUUUCAAGAAACCUUUUCAUGGACUUUCUGCUGAUGAUCUAAAAUGUCAAGAAGGAAAACCACAGGCUACUGUUGAUCGCACACUAGAUAGUAAAGUUUUCAGAGGGUGGAUUGAAGUUGACAAUCCAUGGACCUAUGAUGAUGAGACUGAUAAUGCUGAGAUGACAUAUGUUAACCUUCAGCUAAAUCCUGAACGCUACACUGGCUACGCUGGUCCUUCGGCCAGGCGGAUAUGGGAAGCCAUUUAUGCAGAAAAUUGCCCAAAAGAUCCAUCUGGAGAAUUCUGCCAGGAGAAAAGAGUCUUGUACAAGCUGAUUUCAGGAUUGCAUUCCUCCAUCUCAAUUCACAUAGCUUCUGACUAUCUUCUUGAUGAAACCAACAACUUGUGGGGUGAAAAUCUUGAGUUGUUGUAUGAUCGUGUAUUAAGACACCCAGAACGUGUGAGAAACUUAUACUUCACCUUCCUGUUUGUUCUUCGUGCAGUGACAAAGGCUGCAGAUUAUCUAGAACAGGCUGAAUAUAACACAGGCAACAUGGAAGAAGACCUUAAAACACAAUCAUUAGUGAGGCAACUGGUCUACAACCCCCAAUUACAAAUUGUUUGCCCGCUACCAUUUGAUGAGGCUAAACUAUGGCAAGGUGAAAGUGGACCUGAACUAAAGCAACAGAUUCAGCGGCAGUUCAGAAACAUUAGUGCAUUGAUGGAUUGUGUUGGAUGUGAGAAAUGCCGCCUUUGGGGAAAGCUUCAGGUUCUUGGUCUCGGCACAGCUUUAAAGAUUCUGUUUUCUGUGGAUAAUGAUAACCUCAUUAAUCAGCAGCUCCAGCUUCAUCGAAAUGAAGUUAUUGCUUUGGCAAACCUUUUAAAUAGGCUUUCGGAAUCUGUUAAAUUUGUCCAUGAGAAGGGGCCAUAUGUUGAGAGAAUCAUGGAGAAAAAGAUUUCUUCAUAUACCAGCAAGAGUAGCUAGUGGGUGACAAUAACCAAGAACUCUUGUAAGCAUUGCAGUGGUAGUGAUGCUGAGCACCCUACCAAUCAAUUCUGAGGUAAUAUGGGGAGAUCAAGGACUUCAUGGCGUUGAAAGAAACGAAGAUGUAAAAAUUUUCCAUACAAGGCUGAGUGCUAGCAUUCAAGACCGAGGCAUCUCAACUAAGAACAAUAUUGCUGCCAAGCUUCAGAUGUAUUCACCAGCUAAGUUGAAGUGCUUAUGCUGCAUACAAACUAAUUGUUACAAAUUACUUGCCGAAAUAUAUCAUUUCUAUAUGUUUCUAAACCUACAAAGAGCAAUUCCUGUAUAAUUGAGAUAUUGCUGAUUGCACACCA